UUUUAAAACAUUUCUUUAGUUUUGCAAAACAGUGUAUUAACAUGGGCGUCAAGACCACAAGCUAAACCAGUGCUAAAGUAGUAAACAAUACGAAUAUCAAUUCCCCAUAACUAAACGGGCAGUAGGUAAACACUAGCGCUUUCGUGAAGUACAGCACAUCAUAUAGGAGUACACAUUAAUCUCGGCGAUUUCUUCCAUUUCUGUCCGUUCGAAAAUAUUAAGCAUUCCGAAUGCCAACAAUGACAGAGAGAAGGAAUAAAACACAGGAAAGUUUUACAAGCUACGUAAACCAGAUCGGCGAUGAUAACUGUGUCAACAAUGACUACAAACCAAAGCUUCUUACAGGUGAAAUUGAAGCCGCCCGAGCCAAUAAUGUAUGCAUGUACACUUCGUCCUACGUAAAAGAUGGCAAGGUGAUCGGAGAACGAAUGGGAAUAUUACUGAUCACCAACUUCCGGUUAUCAUUCGUUUCGCGGGAUAUGGAAAAUGACCAACUCUCAUUUCAGAGUAAUCGGUUCCUCGGUUCAUCCGAUGUAUCUCUGUCUAACAUCGAUAAAAUUUAUCAGAUAGUCGAGAAAAAGAAACGAGUAAUUAACCCACAGAUUAAGAACAGCAGUAAAAUAGAUAAAAUAAGGAUUAUUUGUAAGAACUUCAAAACAUUUACGUUUGGUUUUCAACUGUCGGAUAUUGGCAAAGGCAAAUACAUUGCAGAUGCGCUGGUAAAAUUUGCCUUUCCAGCGAGACACAAUCUGUUAUUUUUGUACCAAUUCAAAGAAAAGUACUAUAGUGAUGCUGGGAAUAAUGCUGGCGUGAAAAUGUACAACAAAAAACUCGACUGGAUACAAGAGUUGGAACGAUGUAACGCGACCGGUGGAUGGCGGGUGUUUUCCAAAGACUGUAGGACCUCGAACAGCUCCCUACCCAUGCAUUUCGUUGUACCGAAGCACCUGGGCGAUGUAGAAUACAUGAAUAUAUCGAAACACUUUCGCAACAAUCGGUCCGCUAUUUGGGUUUGGGGCCAUCGGGAUGCUGCAUUGAUUCGCCUGGCGGAGCUUAACCCGGACAUAACCAAUACCACGGUGGAAAACAUGCUGUUAGAGCACGUUCGUCGCUGUGAUCCGCAAAAACGGCAGCCUGAAUUGUUAGAAUUGUAUAAAAUUUUACCUAGCAUCCAGGAUGUGAAUUUGAGCUAUUUAAAACUAAGAGAUCUUUGCACUCCAGACAACGAUCAAGAGUACAUGGCCCAAGAAACGAGGUUCUAUACGUUGUUGGAAAAAAGCUACUGGCUGCUGUAUGUGUCGUUAUGCUUAAAGCACUCGGACAGUGCAGCAAAGUUGCUGCGUAAGGGACAAACGGUCGUUCUGCAGGAGAUCAAUGGACGAGAUAUGUGUUGCGUUGUGUCCAGUUUAGUGCAAUUGCUGCUGGACAGCAGCUAUCGUACAAUACGAGGCUUUCAAAAUCUCAUCCAAAAAGAGUGGAUCAUUCUCGGGCACCCGUUCAGCGAUCGGUUGGGUCACGUCGCUUCCGUUAAGUCGACGGAGCGUAGUCCAUUGUUUUUGCUGUUCUUGGACUGUGUAUGGCAGUUGCUGCUGCAGUUUCCCGAGGCCUUCGAAUUUUCGGAUGUCUUUCUGGUAACGCUGUGGGACUCGCUGUUUCUUCCGAUUUUCGACACAUUUCAGUUCAACUCCGAAACCGAGCGCAACCAGGCGCUGCAUUCCGAUCAUGUCGUCCUGCGGCCUGUCUGGGACUGGGGCGAACAGUUCGAGGACAAAGAUUUGGCCCUGUUUACCAAUCCAUUGUAUCGUGCUAACUUUACCGAUGGGCCAUCAAGGGCGCAAAGCAAUCGCUCGAGUCCUCCGAUAAGACCGGUAUCAAGUAUGCUGUACAGUAUAGGCCAACGCGCGAGUAAUCCCAAUGGCCAUACCGUGUUAAAUGGCGUAGACAGCAUGCAGUUGGCCAAGCACGACGAACAGUUCCUGGAACCGCAGUUCUGUUUGAGAGAUAUUGAACUGUGGCAACAAUGUUACCUCCGUUGGAUACCGCAUCUCGAGAUUAAACAAGGCGGUACAGCCCAGUGUCUUUUGCUGAAUCGAAUGUUACUAAACAACAUUGGACGACUUCGCCGAACGUUAGGCCGACCGGGAGCGUCGGAAGUUGCCGAUGAGCGGAUGGAUGCACUGGAGCAAAUACUAUCAGCGACGAUGGUACAGACACGCGAUCCCGAUAUGGCGUCAGAAGUUUCGUUGGCCGUUAGUUCGUUCUUUCCAUUCACCACCAUACUCCCCACUGCACAGCCCUUUACUUCGGAGCUGUUGAUUUCGAGCAACGAGAUCAGUUUUUCGCAUGAUUCAAUGUAUGAAACGUCCUCCCUGAACGAUUAGUACCGUGUGGCAGUAUAGUCGUCAUUCACAAGCAGGUGAUACUGACGCCCACACGAUAACAACAGUGGCUGGUGUUUAACAGUUGCACAUCAAGAUCAGUCGGAAGUUAUUCUCUAAGAAAGAUGAAAAUCUUCACCAACCCUAGGUGCAAAUCUUCACCAACCCCACUUCACCAUCACCUAGGAGCUUAUUUCGUACGUUGUAUCAAUUUAAUUGCUAAGGUAAUUUUAACUGAAUCAAAAGGUAAUGAAUUGAAUGCCAGCGAAGGGGCACACAGAACAAUAAUGACACAUGCAGUAUCGGUAGAAUAAUGUUAGUCUUUUUCCAGAUCCCUAACAAAUAAUGCAUAAUUUUCCACAUCGUUAAUUUCGUCACCUGUUGCUUGCGAUUUUCGUAUCCUUGUUUAGGUAUAUUUGAGAAAUUGACCAUACCUUCUAGAAAUACGGGGCAAAGCAAGUAGAGUAAUAAAAUUCCCUUUAAAUUCGCAACAAAUCUUGUUCGCUUU